UUAGAUAAAGGCGAAGAGAUGAAACAUUAACGAACCAAUGCCACUCAAUUUCUCAUUUAGGGUUUCUGAUUUUUGAAUUCUGAAUCCAAUUAGGGUUUUGAAAACAGGAAUUGCGGCUUAGUUAGGCCACCAGAAGCUGAAUAUAUGGCCAGGCAUCGAAGCAGAAGCUGCAGCCGUAGCCGUAGCCGUAGCCCGACCAGAAGAAAGCAGUACGACGAGCCGCGCGACCGCCGCCGUGAUCGUCGCUCGCCAGCUCCUUCCGGCCUCCUUGUUCGAAACAUUUCGCUCAGCUCCAGGCCUGAAGAUCUGAGGGUUCCCUUUGAAAGAUUUGGUCCGGUAAAGGAUGUGUAUUUGCCGAAAAAUUACUAUACAGGGGAACCUCGUGGCUUUGGAUUUGUCAAGUUCCGUGAUCCUGAAGAUGCAGCUGAUGCAAAAAGUCACAUGGAUCGCACAGUUAUUGGUGGCCGUGAAAUAAGAAUUGUGUUUGCUGAAGAAAACAGGAAAACUCCUCAAGAAAUGCGUAGAGUCACUCGCACAAGCUCACGCGGAAGCCAUAGGAGACGGAGUCCAUCAUAUUCCCCUAGAAGGCGAUAUCACUCUCGAUCACCACCACCCUCUCCAGCAAGGCACCGUGAUUCAAGAGAUAGGGGCUAUGGAGCCAGUCAAGGUCGCUACUCUCGACACAGGUCGAGAUCUAUGUCUAGAUCAGUUUCUCCGGAGGAUGACAUAGGUUACAGGUCCAGUGAGAGGCAUUCCAGACCUCUCUUGAGAUCUGUUUCCCCACUUGAUGAGAAAAAUCACUUGCCAAGUCUUCAUUCCCCAAGUCCUAGAGAAAAUGGACAUACUGGCUAUGCAGGGAGCAGAUCCCCGACUCCAAGAAGAAACUCUUUGAGCCCGGAAAGGCGUCGCUGAAGAUGCACACAGUUUUUCUGUUGUCACGAGUUUGGUUUUCUUAGCGUCUCGGUUUCAAGUGUGGCAUCCUUGUGUAGGUUGCUGACAAUGAGCAAGUAAAUGAGGAUGAUCUGAGUUCGUUAGUUUGCUAGAUUGUACUACUAUGUUUUAACGUUUUGAGUUUGUGUUGCUAGACCUUCAUAUGGAGUAACUGUGUUUUUUGGAUUUAAAUUUUAUCAGUAAUAUUAGCUUCUCUUAUAGUCAA